AUGGCGCCUUCAGCGUUGCAACAAAGACGAACACAUAAUACCCUUCUGUUUCAAAAGCUUUUGAAUUUGCGAGAUGGAGCGAGCCCAUUCACAUUGGUGCUGGAUACGUUGGAGCAGGGGAGUGGUCCUGUAGUGAGGGAGUUUGCGAGGCGGGCGAAGAUGUCCAAAACUAAAACAAUUUUCAUCUCCUUCACCACACUCCGCAAGAAGACACCCUUCGAGCCUGAUAUCUUCAUCUCCGCCCGAGGAAAACAGCUCGCUGCUCUCCGGGCGGAGAUCCUCUCUUGCACCCCACCCCCAGCACCUCCUGCAUCCACAGCCGUAUCACCUAAGACUCUUCUUAUAAUCGACAACCUCCAUCCACUAUGCACCCCCCAAUACGCCUCUCACCUUUCUACCUUUCUCUCUAGUCUUCUCAUCUCGCCCCAGAUAUCCCUUUUAUCAACCUACCAUGCGGAUACCCCCAUUCCCCUCUCUUCCCAGACUAGUAGUAGCGCAUACACCCCGCAUCCACUGACAACUCUCCUCUACCUCUCAACCGCAAUCCUAACCCUCACGGCCCUCCCCCAAAUCCUAUCACAAAAGCGAGCGCGCGAUAAAAGUCUGGUGGAGCCCGUAUACAACAUAGCAUCAUACCAAGAAGGCGUCCUCGUCUCUUUACCAUCCCGGAGGACCGGAGAGGAAGGAGUGGUGAUACACAUGGAACUCCGACGUCGAUCGGGGCGCGGAGUUGUGGAAGACUUCGUGCUCACUCGCUCAUCGCCAUCUACCACCUAUCCCAGCCAAGUGCCGAACAUUAUUCUACUGGAUGAACACCCUCUCUACUCGACGAAUUUUACGCAGCCCGAAACCUCCGAGGGAGAGGAAGAGCCGCAAAGUACAUUUAAUCUCGGUUUAACCGAGAAGCAGAAAAGAGACCGUGAAAAUGUCGUGCUGCCUUAUUUCGAUGCACAAAAGGAUGUCGGGAGCAGUGGUGAGGGUGGGAGAAUUUUAUAUGAUAUGGGAGCGGAGGAUAGGGAAGAUUUUGAUGAUGAGGAGGAUGAGAUUUAG